GGCACGCAUUACUAAGGCGACGGGAGAGACGCCUCCCGGAGAGGAGUGAGUGAACUGCCGCUUCGCCCUAGAGGUUGUGACCCCUCGCGGCUUCCUUAUCUCCCACUCCUCCCAGCAUCCGUUCCUGGGUAACUAGUCCCUCGUCCGUCCUAAGUCCGCUGACCGGGCGGAGGUCGGAGCUGUCAAGUGCCCACGGGGGCGACGAAUAUGGCGGCGGCGGCGGCGGCUACCGCGGCGGUCGGGGAGACCCCCUUCCUGGCAGCCGGGAAACUAUAACAUGAACCCUUCUCCGCCCGUGGCGCCCCAGCCCCAGGGACUCCGACCCCGCACGGCUGCGGGCCCCGAAUAACGGGCGCUAGCCCAGGCAAAGUUGGUAUCGCGGUGCUUGUGGCGGCGUCACCCGCUCAGAGCCAUGGUGUCAUUGAAGGGGAUAUACUUUAUAAUUUCACUCUUUUUGGGAAGCUUUUUGGGAAGUAUUUUCAUGUUGGCUCCUUUUAUACCUUUGAUGUUUAUAAUGCCAUCCUGGUAUCGCUGGAUCAACAAUCGCCUCGUAGCAACCUGGCUCACACUUCCAGCGGCAUUGCUGGAGACCAUAUUUCGUGUAAAAGUGAUUAUAACAGGUGAUGCCUUUGUUCCUGGGGAAAGAAGUGUUAUUAUUAUGAACCACCGGACAAGAAUGGAUUGGAUGUUUCUGUGGAAUUGCCUGAUGCGAUAUAGCUACCUCAGACUAGAGAAAAUCUGCCUCAAAUCCAGUCUCAAAAGUGUUCCUGGUUUUGGUUGGGCAAUGCAGGCUGCUGCCUAUAUCUUCAUUCAUCGAAGGUGGAAGGAUGAUAAGAGUCACUUUGAAAACAUGUUGAAUUAUUUCUGUGACAUUCAGGAACCACUUCAACUCCUCAUAUUCCCAGAAGGGACUGAUCUCACAGAAAACAGCAAGGCUAAAAGCAAUGACUUUGCUGAAAAGAAUGGACUUGAGAAAUAUGAAUAUGUCUUACAUCCAAGAACUACAGGCUUUACUUUUGUAGUGGAACUCCUAAGAAAAGGUAAGAACCUUGACGCCAUCCAUGAUGUCACUGUGGCAUACCCUCAUAACAUUCCUCAGACUGAGAGGCACCUUUUAAAUGGAAACUUUCCCAAGGAGAUCCACUUUCACAUCAGUAGAUAUCCAUUAGAAACCCUACCAGACUCCAAGGAGGAACUUCAGGUCUGGUGCCACAAACGAUGGCAAGAAAAAGAAGAGCGACUCCGUACGUUCUAUGAAGGUUCGAAGAAUUUUGAAUUCACAGGGAAGAGUACUAUUCCCCCUUGCAAAUCAGAGUUCAGGGUACUACUGAUCAAAUGGAUGUCUAUCCUCUAUUGGACCUCCUUCACCAUUGCUAUGUUUACUCUCUUAUAUUUCUACAGCAUUGUUCGGUGGUAUUUUUUUAUCACAAUUGUCUUUUUUGUGCUACAAGAGAAAAUAUUUGGUGGACUAGAAGUUAUUGAACUUGCAUGUUACCGGUUCUUAUGGAAACGACGAAGUGUAGAUGACAAGAAAAAAGACUGAAAAUAUAGGAUUCAAAGGCAAGAAACUUAAGAGAUUUUUAAAAUAUGUUCUACGUACAGCCUUUGUAAACAGAAGAUUUUUUGCAUGAAAAUUUCAAAUCUUUCUUACUACCAUCAUUCUUUGUUAAAGACAUUUUGCACUUGAUUUUGUGAAAAGGAAAAAAAAAACAUGUUGCUCUAUAUGAAAAUAGUUUUUAAUCUCAGAAUGUAAUUUUAAUAUUGUUUCAGCCAGGAGAUACAGAGGUGAAAUAAUUCUUGCUGGAUUAUUAAACAAUCAUUAGGCUUGUUAAUAAGCAAGGUACACAGUGGAUUUGUAAACUCCAAUCCUAUCAUCCAGCCAAAUUGUGUAGCCAAAGGAGAUAGAUCUGUGACUUGUAACCCCUAGCACAAUUCAGAUCUCCACACUGAAGAGUGGAGGUAGGUCUCUUCACUGAUUCAUGUGAGUUAUCUCUUUCUUACCUUUUCCUCUAUAUUGCCCUGACCAUCCUUUUCCCCAAAAGCCAUCCUCAUUCCAGUUUCCUCUAGGCCCUUGACUGAAACUUCCUGUCCCACUUAAAUUAGUCACAAGAUUUGACAACCGAUCUACACGAAGAAUGUGGUAAUUCAUGAGAGGCUAAUAGUUGGGUUUUGGUGACCUACAGAGUGAAAAACCAUGUGUGCCCUUUUGCCCAUGGAGGGAAUCAGGCCUAUGAGUAAACAGAGGCUUUAUCAUCUUCUAAACCACACUUUGAAUUUUGCAAUGAGAAAUUUUGCUAGUUUUCACAUCUUCAUUUUGUUAUUAUAUGAUCAGUGCCAGUUUUCCUUCAGUAUAUUGGUAGUUGGUACCUUUUUGCCCCUGGGAGGCCUAUAUGAAAAAACAUGUACUGCUAUCUUUUUCUUCCCUUCCCUCUCCCCAAAAAAGCAGAGUACAAUCUGAAAUUGCUAAAACAAAUUGGAUUCUCAAGUGUUUCUGAAAGACUGCAGAAAAGGGAAGGCUAUGUUCUUCUCUGUAUAUAAAAAUCUGAGUUUAGCCCUUUAAAAAAAAAAAACUGCCUUUAAACAAAGCAGUUAUUGGUAAUAGCCAAAAGAAUUUCCCAUCAUAUCUCUGACAAUUGAAACUAUACUUUUGACCUAAUGAUAUGGAACUCAUUAGCAACACGGUUCAACAGCUUGACUUUCUUUUUGUCUUGGGCCACUUCUUUCAAUAGCAGCAUUUAGACUUGCCCUUGACCAGUUUAUUCAGCUAAAUGUGGCCACCAGUGGAAAGUCCAAGGAAGUAGCAACAUGAACUUUCAGUCCCUUUAUGAGGCAAGAAAAACUCUGUGGUUUCUUCCUCUUAGCAACUGGCUUCUCUUCCAUAAUAUGGAGAUAGUGGAUACAGGUAUGAAAAUACAAAGCAAUUAAAGCCAUUGGCUGUUAGCAAAUCUCAUGGCUUUGUUACAGCCUUAAACAACCUCUAAAGUCAUUCACUGCAUUGUGUACUUUGCUCGCUGAAGUUUGUCCGUGGCCUACAGAAAAGGGAAAGCUGUGUUUCUUCUCUGUGCAUAAAAAUCCAAUUUUAGCCCUUUAAAAAAAAAAAAGCCUUAAACAGAAGCACUUAUGGGCAGUAGCCAAAAUUAAAUACAUAAGAAUUUCCCGUCAUAUCCCUGACAGUUCAAACCAUGCUUAGUUAAAACUUUUUGUGCCGGACAGCUUUGUUCUGCAGUCAAAGAGGUAAACACACAGUAAGUAUGGCUUACUGAGCAAAUUCUUGCAGGAAGUA